UGACAGUCGGAUUUCAUGAUCACAUGACACUUAGCUGGCCUUUGAUUUACGUACAGUAUUUAUUCCUACCCCCUUCUAUACCUGUUAGUAGUUGAAUCGAAGAGAAGUUGACAGGGAAAUAACUUAUUGCAUUAUUAAAAACACAUUUAUUUGCCACUACACGCACACUUUGAGACGGUAGCUUUGGCAUGAAAUCGUAAAUAGUCGCCGAGGAACCGGGCCCAAAACGAGUAAGACACCAUGGCAGAAUCAGACAGGUCACCGUUGAAGCACUUUGUGGUGGCUAAGAAAAAGAUCUCCACUAUCUUUGAUCAGCUUUUGGAAUACAUCACCGAAGGAUCAGAUUUUGUAGAAGAAACAUAUAGGAAUAGAGAGCUUGAUCAGAUAGCAACGGAUCAGCAAGCCUCAGUGAUACGUGGUUAUACAAAGAAACUGGCAGUGAUCAGUGAAGUGCUGGCACGGAACCACAUGAAAGUGGCAUUUUUUGGCAGGACUAGUAAUGGUAAGAGUUCAGUUGUCAACGCCAUGCUGUGGGAUAGGGUGCUGCCCAGUGGAAUCGGACACACCACAAACUGCUUCCUCAGCGUGGAGGGGACAGAUGGUGACAAGGCCUACCUUAUGACAGAAGGGUCAGACGAGAAGAAAAGUGUAAAGACAGUAAACCAGCUUGGCCAUGCACUCCACAUGGACAAAGACCUAGAUGCUGGCUGCCUAGUGAGGGUUUUCUGGCCCAAGACUAAGUGUGCUCUCCUGAGGGAUGACCUGGUGCUAGUGGACAGUCCUGGAACUGAUGUUACAACUGAGCUGGAUAGCUGGAUUGAUAAAUUCUGUCUGGAUGCAGAUGUCUUUGUGCUGGUAGCAAACUCUGAAUCCACUCUGAUGAAUACUGAGAAGCAUUUUUUCCACAAAGUAAAUGAACGUCUUUCAAAGCCAAAUAUCUUUAUUUUGAACAAUCGUUGGGAUGCAUCUGCCUCAGAACCCGAAUGCAUGGAGGAUGUGCGCAAACAGCAUACAGACCGCUGUAUCAGCUUUCUUGUGGAUGAGCUCAAAGUGGUGGAACGUGAACAGGCCCUGAAUCGGAUCUUCUUUGUGUCCGCUAAGGAAGUGCUGAAUGCCAGGAUGCAAAGAGCUCAGGGAAUGCCAGAAGCAGGUGGUGCAUUAGCUGAAGGAUUUGAGGCUAGACUACGAGAGUUCCAGUGUUUCGAGAGAACCUUUGAGGAGUGUAUCUCGCAGUCAGCAGUGAAAACAAAGUUUGAGCAGCACACGAUCAGAGCUAAACAGAUCACUGAGUCAGUCAAAAGAAUCAUGGAUGACAUCAAUAUCCAAGCAGCGGAUAAGAGAAUCAACUUGUUGAAAGAAAGAGAUGACAAGAUGGAUCAAUCAGACUAUGUCCGCUCUCAGCUUAGUUUACUGACUGAGGACAUUAAGGGGAAAAUCAAGGCUGUUACUGAAGAAGUAGAAACAAAGGUUUCCAAUGCGAUGACAGAUGAGAUUUGUCGCCUUUCUGGGCUGGUUGACGAAUUCUAUUCAGAUUUUCAUCCCUCACCACAAGUGCUAGAACGGUACAAAAAUGCACUGCACAAGCACAUAGAGGAAGGCAUGGGGAGAAACUUGGCUGACCGCUGCUCCAAUGCAGUUAAUGCAUCUGUUCAAAAUUCCCAACAAAACAUGAUAGAAAACAUGAAGCCUCUGCUGCCCUCUAGUGUCCAGUCUCAACUGCACAUGCUGAUCCCAUGCAGGAAGUUUGACCUGAGCUAUGAUCUUAACUUCUCCACACUCUGCACUGAUUUCCAGGAGAACAUUGAAUUCCGGUUCUCCCUGGGCUGGACUUCAUUAGUAAAUCGCUUCUUGGGUCCGAAGAAUGCACACAGAGCCCUGCUGUUGAUGGAAUCAAGUGCACAGAUUCCUCGACCUUUAGCAACAACCUUUUCUGCAUCCAACAUUCAUGCCCUGACUACAGAAAACGUGUCCCAGGAAGACCUUAUGUUUUCCAUAGGGACGGGCUUGGCCUCUCUCACAUCCAAGUCAUCCGUCACUGUAGUCCUUGUCGCUGGUGUGGUCUGGAGAAUGUUAGGCUGGAGACUGAUUGCUGCUUCCUUCAGUCUGUAUGGGCUUUUGUAUCUGUAUGAAAAGCUAACAUGGACCACAAGAGCCAAGGAGAGGGCAUUUAAACAGCAGUUUGUAGACUAUGCAACAAAGAAACUCCAGAUCGUAGUUCGCUUUACCAGUACAAACUGCAGUCACCAAGUUCAACAGGAGAUGGCGACUACCUUUGCACGGCUGUGUCAACAAGUGGACCUCACUCAGAAAAACCUGUCUGAAGAAAUCAAUAGGCUCACCAUGAAGAUCGAUCAGCUGGAUGCAGUUCAACAUCAUUCCAAGACUCUUAGACAUAAAGCGACCGGGCUCGAGACAGAAUUGGACAGUUUUAUAAAACAGUAUUUGCAGCCACAGCAGUGAGGAUUUCCUGCCUUCACUGAACAUCUUAUUUAUUCUGCAAAACCUUUAUUCAGGGAACCAGAGGUGCAGGUUAUAUAUCUAAGUCACUAUUAAAAAAUAAUGAUUCACUUUGUAGUUAUUUAAGUAAGAUCUAUACAUUUGAUGAAUACUCUUUUAAUAGUUUAUUAAUUUGUAUCUUUCAUUAUAAAAUGGUUUGUGUUCCUCUGUUUUCAGAACAAAUUACUUUUAAGGAAAUGGUCACCACUUUACCUAUGACUUUUUAUAGUAGUUAGUUUUAUCAAGAUUUGCAUGAUUUUGUUUAACUUCUGGUCUUCUGUAUUUUGUUCAUUACAAAGUAUACCAUAAAGCCAUGACAGGAAGGCGAUCCUUUGGGGAAUAUACACCUUUUUUUAGUUAUUUCAAUACAAACAAAAAAAGUUGUCAUCUUGUUUUUAAUUACAACGGCAGAUUAUCUGCUUUAUUUUCUAUAGUAUACUCCUAAAAUAUUGUUCAUGUUAAAUAAGAAUUCUAAAGGGCAACCCUCCCCCACCCCAACCUUUUUGAAAACAAAUAAAUCGCUGCCUAAUUUCUUUGUGAACAAGCAGCCUGCUGUGAUUUUUUUUUUUUCUCUCACCCCAGUAAUAGAUUUCAUCUGUCACAUAAGAAUACAGGGAGACCAGAGACACUAUUUCUUAAUUCUAGUAACAUAUCUACUUCCUGCCCCAUUAACAUGUUUUUACUUGUUUUUUGUCUUCCUUAAAACAGAAAAGCUUAUGAAUAAAACCGCCGUAAGUUACCUAAACCGAAUGUUCUAGAGAUUCAGUCUGUUAACACAUGUGUUGUAGUGUGUAAACGUUUUGUUUUGUAAAAAAACAAAAAAAAACAAAGGUGAAUUGUGAAGAAUUCUUAGCACCUAUGAACCUGGGUUUUGUGAUCUAGCCUGCAGUGUGAAGAAUGGAUAAAAUAUUGGAUAAUAAUACUGUUAUGUAGUGUUUGGUGUAGAUUUGACUUUGGGAGUCUCUUCUAAUGCCAUACAGUUAAGUAUUUUUUCUUUCUACUUCAGUAUUUUCUUGCCAUUGACCUACUUAUGUAUUGUAUGUUUGGAAGCAUAAUGAUUAUUCUGAAUUGUCCACACUUUAUGCCUGUAAAAUAAACUUUGAUAACUUGCGUAAUAAAAGUGUAUAUCUGAUCAAAUUAAUCUCCAAGAAGCAGUGAUUUGGUUUUAAUAAUGUAUUCACAUGUGUACCUUUGUAAAUCACAAGGUUAGAUUCUACAAGUUUUAUUUGGAAGAGUGUAGACUUGAAGUCUCACUCUAACAAAUACACUGAACACAACAGCCUUGGUUAAAAGCUUUUUUUUUUUUUUUUUUUUUUUUUUAUUGGUUACAAUAUCAAUUCAUGGCAACAUAUCAGUUUCACCGAGCCACUGUACAAAUACAAAGAAAAUAUCUGGUGUGAAAAAAGACUUAACAAAAAAGUUCUCAUAGCAAGUGAUUAUAAUAAUUUCACACAAUAGCACUGCAAGAGAAAACACAUGGCACAAAGUCCCUGGUUUUGACUGGUUCAAGAACUUAAAAAAAAAAAACUUAAGACAUUUUGUUGGAAUACAUACAAGAUAGCCAAAAGGCAGUGCCUUGUUAGUAAAUCAGGAUCACUGUUGUGGUAAUAGAACAGGCAUAAUGGAAGGCUGAGCUGGGACAACUAGUAGCUCCCUCAAAGUUUUUCCACAAUACUCCAGAAUGUCCUCUUCCAAUACCUAGGCACUGUAUUAGGAAUCAAAAAUCAGGGAUACAAACAGCGAGGCAAGUGACACCACCUUUUCUAUUAGGAAGCUUUUGUCUUGGAUGCAAAAAGGAGUAUCGUAAAUAUUACCUAUAGUGACAUAGUAUUCCUCCUGAACAGAAGAUAUGAUCAUGGAUAACAUGUACAAUCUGGAGAAGGUGGGGCAAUGAGAUGGCAAUUAAAAUGGUGAAAUAAUGGUGCUUUUCAAAACUUUGAGAGCCUAAGUCCCAGCCCCAACAAAAAGCUCUGUGUACUGUACAGGCACAUUUAAUGUGAUAUCUUUAUUGUUAAAACUGUUAAUACUGUUGCAUUUUUACACAGAACACUGCAGUAACUGCCUGCCUGUUAUUUUUACAAUACAAGACACAUCCCUUUCUCGAAUGACUGGCAUUUCCAUAGUGGCUCAUUGUUCAGGGAGAAAAUUUAACAGCAUCUACAGAAAGUUUGCGUAAUUUUUGUAACUGUAAAGAUGUUUUUUUUGACAGAGGAAUAUCCUUUAAAAACAGGUAUUGUGUUAAGAAUAAAACAUUGCAAUGCCUCAUUGUUUUGCAAUUAUUAGGGUUACUGUUUCAUCUCUAAUUAAAGAAAAACAAAGAUCUUUAAAACUGCAACGAUGCCAAUUUAUACAAGUUAUGGGAUCCAGGUAUUUGUAAAACGGGGGUCAAUGGAGUUAAAGGCUAAAUUUGCAUGUACUUUUUUUUUAUUUUUUUAUUUAAAUAGAACUGAUAUUCACAAUUAUAACAAGCACCAAGCAGUAUUUCAGCUAAAACAGGGCACUCAUGCACUAGGCACCUUUAUCAUCAUGUUGGGCAACUUUCAGCAUUUUCUUAAUCUGGGGGCACUGGCUAUUUUACAACUGCCACCUCAUAUAGCAAAUACAAAAAAGCAGCAAAAAAAAAAAAAAAACAUUGAGCAAUU